UAAUAAAUAUAUUAUAUAUUAUUAUUAUUAAUAAUUAUUAAUAUUAUUAAUAUUAUUUAUUUAUAAUAUUAAAUAGUAAAUAGUUGUUAAGCCCAUUAAGGAUUAUGAUUAUUAUUUAUUAUGAAUUUCUAAAUUAUUCAAUUCUUCAACAAUUCUUUACCAAUAUAGAGCAUUAGGGCCAUAGGGAAAUCGUUAAUGAUUUUAUUUCUUUCACAAUAAAACUACACGGAAAUAAAAAAUAAAAAUAUCAUUCUUACAAUGUUUGACGUAGUCUGCACUUCAGCAAAUGGAGGAAUCCCGAUAUUUUAUCGAAAAAAUAGUAAAAUGGAUUCAGUACCAUUUACUACAUUUUCAACAUUAAAUGCUGUUAUAACAUUUGCAGAUGUGCAAAGUGUUCAAUUUAAAAGUAUUCAUACAGAUAAACAUUCUUUUAUUUGGCAUGCCAUUGGAGAUAGCUUAAUUUUGGCAGGCAUUGGUGAUUUGAACGAUUCUACAAUAAAAACUGGCCUAGAACUUAUAUCAACUUUAAUAAAGAUGAUUAUUGGAGAUGAAAACAUAUACAAUAAAAAUGCAGAUAGAAUAAAACGUGAAAUAAAACCAUGUUUACCUAUUAUUGAUUAUAUAUUGAGGAGUUUAACAUCAGUAACCAUAGAAAAACAUUUAAUAAAUAUUAUUGAAACACAGUCAAUAAAGGAUAAUAAAGCAAUAAAUAAUUGUUUAUUUAAUUGGUCAGAAACAAUAUGUAGUGAUCUUUGUUGGGUUAUUGUGGAUAAGAAAUUGAGUGCUGCAACAAAGGAUUGGUGGGAUUUACAUAUUAGCGAUAGAAAAUUAUUAAUAACAAUUAUUUUAGCCAAUUGUUAUGACCAAAUUACUUCAGCUGAUAUUCCAAUUUUCCUGCCUCAUUCUAGUACAAAGGUUCUUUUACGGCUAGUAUGUUGCAUGGUUGUACAGGGUGUUUGGACUGCAGCUAUUUGUGGACCUAUGCCAAAUUUAGAUGAUAUUGAAAUAAAUGCUGCUAAAAGUUUUAGAACUGUUAUCAAUUAUUUUCGACCUAAUUAUACAAAAUUUGAAUUAACAUCUGGAUAUAUCAUAGUGAACACAAACUUGUUCAAAUAUAUGCAAAAUUAUUAUUCGAGUACUGAUGUGCAAAGAGGAAUUGUACAGUUUUACAAUAAAAUUGCAUCACGUCUUAUGAAUGAUAAUGUAAUGGGAAGUGAAGUCUCAUGUAUGGGAAAAAAUCAUAAUUAUUAUGCUAUAAGUUCAAAUGGUAUCACAUUAUGUUUAGCAUAUCCAAGUAAACAUAAUAUGGUUACAAUCAAGUACUAUGCGAAGCAAGCUUUUCAGCAACUUUUAUCUGAUAUCAACAGUUAAGCAUGAUUAUAUGUACGGUAUGCUCCACAUAAUAUAUAAUUUAAUUUUUAAAUAUGAUCCGUCCAAACUAUUUUUAUGUGAUUUUAAAAUAAAUAUUUAUUUUAUUAUUUAGCAAUA